AGUAACGGAAAUCUACAACUUGCUCAAACUAUGUUGGUUUAGAGUGCCUGUAAUUCUAGUAUGAGAAGUUUCAAUCAAUGACAAUGGCAAUAUAAACUGAGAAAUAAUACAUUGAGAUUUAUUGUGGAUGUUGGUAUUAAUUAUUAUUGUAUUUUGUUAAGGUGGUAAUGUUCGUUUGUACCUAAAUAUCAUAUUCGUUUUCUGGCACAUUUUCACUACUCUGUCCUGUUCAGUAGAUAUUACUGACAGUGCGGUAUGGCAUCAGGUCUUGAGAGUUACGUAAACCAUACCGUUUCUAUAAUAACAUCUGAUGGAAGAAAUUUUGUUGGGACACUGAAAGGUUUUGACCAGACGAUUAAUCUGAUACUAGAUGAAAGCCAUGAACGUGUGUACAGCACAAAUCAGGGUGUGGAGCAGGUUGUGCUGGGGCUUCAUAUUAUUCGAGGAGAUAACGUUGUGAUCGUUGGUGAACUUGAUGAGAACCUGGAUUCACGAUUAGACUUGUCGAGCAUCAGGGCUGAUCCUCUCAACCAUAUUAUUCACUGAUGGUGUGCGAUACUUUAUGUAUUAAGGAUUAUUAAAUGCUUUGAUUUUACCUA